UGUUGACUGUACGAUGUAAUUCCUGGAUUUGAUGAAUCUAAAUUGAAUCUGUAUUUGUUUGGAUUUAAUGGCUUAUAAAGCUGUUGGAAUUUUACCUCUGCUCUUUGCGUAUUCAUCUUCCAUUACCAAAAGUAGAACUGUCUGCAUUCGAAACAGGACCGACGCAGGAUCCAGUGCAUGCUGCGACAACUACGAGAAAGACGAAAAUGGAGAAUGCAAUUCUUGCGUACCUGGAUAUUUUGGAGACUUUUGUAAAACACCUUGUCCUCUUGGUUCAUUUGGAAAGGACUAUGGAGGAUUGUGUUCUCUUACGUGUGUCCCAGAAGAUUGUGACCAUGUUAAAGGUUGUCUGUCUACAAAUACUGCCUCAGUCACAGCUUCAGGUAUCCAUUCUGUUCAGAUUAUAACAUAGCUAAUAUUAAAUACUGCCUCAGUCACAGCUUCAGG